ACAAUUUUCCAUCAAAAAUACAUCAACCACAUUCAAUAAACUUACCACCUCAAACACGCACAAAACCUAAUAACAAUUCCUCUUUCACAAUUCCUCUUUCAUAAUAACCUUGGGUCACCAUAAUAACAAUUUUCCAAGGUUAUUAUCUCACAUUGAAGGAAAUGGCAAAAAAGUUUAAGAUUUUGAGAUUAAGUACACCCUCUUUCACAAUUCCUCUUCAAAAUUCUGAUCCAUUCCCCUUUGAAAUUAUCACUUCCACAAAAGGCAAAACCCUAAUUCCACGAAUCAUGGAUACAAAUAUUUCUGUUUAUCCAAUUAGAAUUGAUGUCCAUUUGGAUUCUCAAAGGAGAAGUUCUAACAAUAUUAUCAGACCUGCUAGUUGUGAGCCUGGUGAUAUGGACCUACACAACGCAGCAAGUAACGGGAAUCUUAAAAGAGCCGAGGAGGCGGUUCAUCGAAAUAAGGAGUUGUUAUGGAAAAUAGACUCUCCAACGGGAAAUAUACCUUUACACAUCGCUGUGCAAAAUGGGCAUAAAGAGGUUGCGACUUAUUUGAUUGAGAAAUACCCACAAGGGUGUUACACCAUGAAUUACACUAAGAUAUCCCCGCUUUAUUUGGCCGUGGUGCAACAACCUGUGGAUUUAUCCUUGAUAAAUACCAUGUUUCAUGAGUUGGGUAGAGAUGAACGGAUAGUUCAUCAUUUACAACAAGGAAAAUCAAUUAUACGUCCUGCCAUUCAAAACAACAAUCAAGAAUUGCUGAAAACCACAUUCAAGUAUCAACCAGAUCUAAUGAAGCGUUGGGAUGAAGAGGGCUUGACUCCUCUAUCUUAUGCUGCAACCAAUGGAUUAGUUAACAUGGUGGGCUUCAUCCUUAAAAACUAUCCCAAAACAAUAAAAUACCAAAACAAAGAUAAAUCGUACCCAAUUCACAAGGCAUGUCUCGGAGGCCAUGUUGAGAUUAUAAAGAUGUUUUAUUCAAAACACCCGAAAUCAUUGGUGAAUGAAGAUGGUCGUGGAAGAACUAUCAUGCAUUUAUCCGCUAAACAACACGGUAACAAGUUGAUGAAUGUUGUUAACUAUUUGUUGACCUUAAAAGAAGCUCAGUUUCUACUUAACACGCAAGAUGAAAAUGGAUGUACGCCGUUGGCUUUGGCCAUUUCCAACAGAAACGAUAGGGUUCAAGCUUUAAUCCAAAACACCAUCAACAUGCUUUCAUAAUUAAACAUAUAAUUAAUAUAUAUUGCUAGAAAUUUUGAUACUUUUUUUUUUUUUAGUUCCUUAAGGACUUUUUGUAUACUAAUUGUCAUGAAUUUGCCUUGUAAUUUUCUAUGUAUUUGCAGACAUUUAUUAUUUUUAUUAUUAUAGUCUUCUCUGUGAAGGGAAUAUGGGUAUAGAUUGUCCGUCACUUUUCCUUACCCAGACCCUGCUUUUUGGCGAGAUAUUAGAUACGAUGAUGAUGAAUUAUUUUUAUUAUAAUUUUCAUGUAUUUAAUUUGCAUCAGUGACAAUAUUAUUAUAUAAUUUAACUUUCUGUUAAAA